AUGGGACUGCUCAUUUGUUUGGGACUCGUCACUCCCUUCCAUGUUGCUCCUGCAAUGUCUGGUCUCCGCUCUGCCUUCUCUGCUACACGCAGCAGAAGUGUACUCGGCGGCUCCCAGCGAGCUGUGACAUUUGAUCGUCUCCUAGUCAACGUGGGCGGGGACUUCAACCCAGACACAGGUCGGUUUCGAUGUCGCUUAGCAGGUGCUUAUUAUUUCUCCUUUACAGUGGGCAAAUUCCCUAAGAAGCUCCUGUCUGUUAUGUUGGUGAAAAAUGGGCAGGAAGUACAAGCAAUGGCUUAUGAUGGACACAGGAAACCUGGCCGUAAAGUUCAGAGCCAGAGCGUGAUGUUAACUCUAAAGCCCAUGGAUACAGUUUGGCUGCUACUGCAGCAAAGCCCAGAUUAUGCCCUUUACAGCAAUGUGGGACCUUACAUUACAUUCACGGGCUAUUUGGUAUAUCCGGACUCGUCAUCCUCUAUGAGUUAUCUCAACAACCACCUGCCCCAACCAGGGUUCCUUCAUCCCGAUUGCCCACCACCUACGGAUCCAUGGUAUAGCUUGACAAGAGAAAAAGCUUUUGAAGAACCUAGGUCAGCUUUCUCAGUAGCAAGAACGACCUCUGUGCUGGGAGAAAGCGGAGGGUAUCGUGAAAAGGAGGCAUUGACUUUUGACGUGGAAUAUGUCAAUAUUGGUGGGCACUUUAACAAGACGUCAGGUCACUUCACGUGUCACUUCCCCGGGUCGUAUUUCUUUGCCUUCACAGUUGGGAGGCACCCGCAUAGGGCAGUAUCGGUGAAGUUAAUGACUGGCCGUGGUGAGGUGCAAGCUAUGGUGUUUGAUGAAGACACAUCAAGGCAUAGAGAAAUGCAGAGUCAGAGUCUUCUACUGUCACUGAGGAAGGGAGACACCGUCUGGCUCUACAGUCAACAGGACCAACGCUAUGCUGUGUAUAGCAAUCAGGGACGUUACACUACCUUUUCCGGCUUCUUGGUCUACCCUGACUGGGAGUCUUCAAUCCUGGAUAGAACUUACAACUGA